ACGCUAGAAGGGAAACAGAGCAAACUCCCCGCAUCAACCGCUCCUCGUACUGCAAAUCUAGGCCGCGGCCAAAAGCAAAAAUCUGCCGAAUUCCCCAAAUCCUCUUGUCAAUCCAUGGAUACCUCCACAGUUUCCAUCCGUCCUUCCACCAUAAUCGGCCCACGCGCCGCCGACUCCACCUUCCUGCGCCCCGGCUAUCCCGAUUGGGUCUUACUCAACAAGACGGCGCGCAUCUCCGACCAACGGAACGCGACCACCGCCUUGUGCCGCACGAGGGAGGGCCAAGCCGUCGCGGUGUCCUUCUGGCUCGUCGACCCGCCCGCCGUCUCCUACUUCUCCGUCCACUGCCCUGGUCUGGAAGACGACGAUCUCUCGGACACCCCGCCCUUCCUUCUCUGCGCCGAGGGAGCCUUCGUCCUCUUCUGCGUCACCCUCGAUGACUCCGUCCACCACUUCGUCUACACCGCCCGAGGAAUCCCCGGCGGGAGGCCGUCGCUGCACCGUCUCCCGGACCCGAAACCCAGGGUCGAAGCCUUCAUGAGCCAGCAAUUUGGCCUCUUGCCUUGCGGUAACGAGCACUAUGCUGUGGCAUUCCUCCAUCACCAGUGGGAAUCUAGUGACCAGGCUUGGCAUUAUUAUGCCUACAUCUUCUCCUCCGAGACAAAGGCAUGGAAGAGAAGUAAGGAGGCCUUGCUCUACUUAUCCAAGUCUGAUCAGUUAUUGUUUGAUCGACAUGCCAGCUCCAAGCAGAUCACCGUCGGGGAAAGCGCAUUGGGAUGGGUUGAUCUCUUGCGUGGUAUUCUUCUUCUUAGCAACCUGUUCGACGAGCGUCCUGUCAUCACAUACAUACUGUUACCUAAAGUAAAGGCUUGCAUCACCGAUAGGAAUGGUUAUCCUUCCUACGCGCCAGAAUUCUUCUGCGAUAUAACAUGCUGCGAUGAUCUGAUCAAGUUUGUCGAGAUAAAAUUCGAUGAACCGAAUUGCAGGGCCAAUGGUAAAGCAUGGAAGGCCACCACAUGGAACAGGAAGGUCUCUUGGGAUGAUUGGGGCAGGUGCUCCACAGUUGAUGUUGCUGAGAUCUCGGUUGACCCAAGUUAUUUGUCAUUGUUGCCCGAGCUUUUGAAUGAUGAGACCAAAGAGCUGGAAAUUAAGAACCUGUAUUUCCUUAACCCCACCCUGAGUGUGCACGACGAUGAUCUUCUUUACAUGAUGGGCAAGGUGAACGAGGAAGACAACACAGCCUGGGUAAUUGUUGUUGACAUGAAACGUGCGACUCUGGAGGCAUUGGUCCCGGUUUCUACCCAACCGUCGUACACCGUUACGAUGUACUGUCCGUGCACCUUCCCCAAGUACUACCUCAAUAUAACACCAGACAUUGACAGUCCAGUUGAGAAGGAUAAAUCCGAUAAAUGGCCGCAAGGGAGACCCAGCCCCAAUAAUUCUGGAGGGAGUGUGCAGAGGAAGAGGAGGAAUAAGAAGAAGCAGGCACGGGCUGCGGAUUGCUGGUUGGAACAGCCCUAUUUGCUGUAUUUUGUUGGCUGCGUAUUGAUUGCGGUCUUUGUAAAAGUGUUCUUUCAUCUGUCUGGAAUGUAAUAGUCAGUAUGUUACUCUCUUAUCUGCAAAAGUAGUGGAAAGCAAAAGCAUAUUCUAGCAGCUGCUCUACAUAUAAAAUGUUCUGGAACGAGUGUUGGAUGAGGUUCAGUUUAAGCUGUGUUUAACCUGUUCUGGAACAGGGAACGGUGCUGCAGUUGAUAUGUUGCUUCUAGUUCUUAAGCAAGUUGGAAUAAAAUCAUUUGAGCUUCA